UCUGUUUGUAUUUAGUUUCCUCUUGUCUUAUAGUCACACGCUUACUACCUUUUGUUAGUUUUUGCCAAAAAAAAAAAAAACGAUUAGUUGUGAUCAACUCAGCCAGUAAUCUAUUUUAUAGGAGUGAUCAUUUGCUGUAAUGAGUUUGUGAAACCUUUAAUACCUUUUGUUGGUUGAAUAGAAAAAUUUCCCAUUCACGACUGUUAUUUUGUUUGGUUUUAUAUUUUGAUAAGUAGAAGUUAUAUUGAUACAGCAAACAACAAUAAUGGAACAUAGAAAAUCUAAUGGUGUGUGUAUUUCUCACAUACAAUGUCCAACAUACACCAAAAUGCUAGCAAAUGCAUUAAUUUGAAUUUCUCCUCAUAAUUUAUCAGCCACAUCUAUUUACAAUUAGCAACUGAAACGUUAGGUGUUUUGAUUCAUUGAUUUAAUGGAUAAGAGGGUGGGGGCAAGCAAAAUAUAGUCUGUAUUUGGAGAUGCACUAGGUGAUUUGUUGUUCAUGAGUUUUCACUUUUCUGGACAAUUCUUAAUGUUGGAUAGUAUCUACUGUAACAUGUUUUCUCACAUGAUCAACUUUAUGAUGCAUUUUUAAGAGGGACAUCAAUAUCAACAACAAGAGUCAUGCUCAUGACAGAGCAACCAAAACGGAUGAAAGGAACAUACAACAGGAAUAUCGUUUAUAAGGAAGUACUAGGUGGGAUACGUUUCAAUACAUGUUUGUAACUCAUAAAGUCGAAAUAAGCAUAAAAAAACACAUGUACCUAAUUAAACUUUGAUUGUUCUUUUAUGUAGAUUCAGACGAUAUCCAAUCAUCUUGACCUCGGCAAACAAGUUGCCAUACAGCUAUACACAUUAAACUUUGAUUGUUCUUUUCUAACUUGUAUUCUUCAAUAGAUAUAUUAAAGAUAUAUUGUUGCUUUCUUCUUUCAUUUCUAUGAUGAAUUAAACAUGGUGCAGUUGGAAGAAAUGAUUGAGCCUUUGAGCCCAAUUGGUGAAGUGGAAGAACCAGAGGAAGAAGAGAAUGAAGAAGUAGAAGAUAUCAGCUACGAUGAUCUCAAGAGGCGCAUGUGGAAAGACCAGAUGUUGUUGCAGAAGCUCAAGUCUAUGCGAAGCAGCAACAAAAAAGAGAUUAUUGAUGAUGAGUCACAACAGGCAAAGGCGCAAGAACAAUCUCGCAGGAAAAAGACAUCCAGAGCUCAAGAUUCUAUUCUCAUGUACAUGGUAAAAAUCAUGGAGGUGUGCGGAGGUCAAGGCUUUGUAUUUGGGAUAGUGCCAGAAAGGGGAAAGCUGGUAACGGGCUCUUCAGAUAGCUUGCGAGGUUGGUGGAAGGAGAAAGUGAAGUUCGAGAAGAAUGCCCCUAUUGCCAUUGUUGAAUUCUUGCCCAAACUACUGGUGCAGCAGCAGGAGAAUGAUAUAUUGGAUCCUUCCUCCUCAUAUAUGCAUCUUCUUGAAGAACUGCAAGACGCCACUUUGGGCUCACUGCUUUCUGCCCUGAUGCAACAUUGUAUCCCUCCACAGCGAACGUUUCCUUUGGAGAGAGGAUUAAGCCCACCUUGGUGGCCCACAGGGAAGGAACUGUGGUGGGGUGACCAAGGAUUCUUGGCCCAGGAACAAGGCCCACCACCUUAUAGGAAGCCCCAUGAUUUGAACAAGGCAUGGAAGCUUAGUGUUUUGGCUGCAGUUAUCAAACAUAUGUCUCCUGAUUUAGGCAGGAUGAGGAGGUUGGUGAUUAAGUCCAAGAGCUUGCAAAACAAGAUGACUGCUAAAGAAACAUCUACUUGGUGUAAAGUUGUUAACCAAGAACAAGCCCUUCUCGAGCUCACACAAAGGGCCCUCAAGAUUUCAGAAGAUGAGGACGAGAAAGAGGAUAAUCUUGCUUUUGAUGGAUCUACUAGUACUUUGAUAAGAAAUGACAUGAAGAGGAAGUCCAACUUUGAGCACCAUGUGAUGAGCAUGGAGCUAGAUGUACUUUACGCAUGCCAAAACUUGAGCUGCCCACAGAGUGGUUUAGGUUUGGGAUUUGUUGACAAGAAUUCAAGAAUCGAACAUGAGAUAAGCUGUUCCCAUCGUGAUGAUCAGCAACGACUUAAUUUGGCCAUCAAUAGUACUACUUUUUCUAGCUUGAUCAAUGAGGCACAAUUGAAGCCACAUGAAGAAAGUAUAUUGGGUAGAGAAAGGGAGAUUAUUUUCCAACAAGAUUUGAUGAACAAUAUGGAGGUAAAAAGUAGCUCUGGAAACUACCAUACACAAAUAUCAGGCGGGGUUCUGGAAAAUUUGAAAAACUUUUGGGGAGACAAUAAUGUUGUCCUUGAACAGCUGGAUUAUGAUCUGACAACUAAUGGGAACAUGAACUCAAAUGGAGCUCCAUCACAAGAUGUUGAUCUAAAUUUUGAAGCUGCAACUUGUAUUUGGGAUCUGGCUUAUGAUGAUAGAUUUGAGGGUUGAAAAUUUAAUAGUUGCAGCUAGAGAGAUCAUCCUGUCAUGUUUCUAGGUUAUCUGCAUUUGUUGUUUCGAGAAAUAAAGUUAUGAAUAUAUAUAAAACUUAUCUGUGUAAUAAUUUUCUUUUCUUCUUUCACGUUUUGUCCUAUGUUUCUUUUAGAUAAUUUAUAAAGGGCUUUCUUCAGGUAUGGCUAUGCUAUACUGAUCUUGGAAAGGAGCAAAUAAA